AUGAUCGUCGUGGAGAAUGUCCCCGGAAGAAAAUUUCAACUGCUGUGGCCCGAUGAUAGUAAGGAUGAUGGGGAGGAAAGGGCUACCCCAGUUGAUAGCAAUGAUAACCGACCACCCUUUUCUGGGGGAGAUUCCCACAAUAACCAUUUAGGACAAGAGCCACCCUGUGAUAAAGAUCCCACAAUAGCUUCACAUGCCGAAGCAGUAGUAGAUAAAGUUGUAAGUCAUUUGGAGAGGUGGCACUUUGAAGGAGGAUAUCGUCAACUACGGAUAUUCUCAGGAAUAACACCUGUUCCGGCGGGAGAGGAGACCUAUGAACUAUGGAGGGAGGCUGCCAUCCAGCAUUCGGAAGAAUGGCAGUGUCCUGAGCACAUAAAACGGCAACGUGUUGUGGAAAGUUUGAGGGGUCCAGCCAUGGGAGUGAUACAAGCCACCAGGAGGAGCAAUACCCAGGCCACUCUAACCGACUACAUAGAGGCUCUAGACUUCUCGUAUGGAACAUUGGAAGAUGUGGGAGACCUGUUAGCUAGACUAAAUAGCACGUAUCAGGAGUAUGGAGAAACACUAACGCACUACAUUUACCGAGUAGAUAGAUUAAUAUACAAGAUUGUUGAUAAAGGGGGUAUUGAUAAAGAGCAAGUGGAUGAGAGACGGAUUAAACAAGUGCUCAAAGGGGCCCUUACUAAUAGCCCUAUUGCGCAGAAGUUACGAUGCACCUUGUCAAAGACUACCCCACCGACUUUAAAUGAACUAGUAAGGGAGGUUAAAGUGGAGGAAGUACAGAUUGAAAAUCGUGAGAAGACCAUAAAAAAGGUAAAGGUGGUGUUACCUGCUACUGAUAAAACCAAUCUGGAUGAAAGGUUAUUAAAGUUAUUAGAAGAACAAAAUAAAAAAAUCGACCAGCUGAUAGCUCUUCAGGAGGAUCGUAGUAGUAGUAUUAGGUCAGAUCUGCCUUCAGGUAUGAGACGGGGAGUGAAUCGACGAGUGGGAAAUAGGUCUCCUAUUAUCUGCUAUUCAUGUGGACAGCCCGGUCAUCGCUCUUUUGAAUGUCCAGUAAAUAGUAAUAGUCGAGGAGGGAAUUAUACUUAUACUCGCCGGAGAACAGAACCGGUGGAAAACUCCCAACGGGAGCGCUGUGACCCCCUCACAGGCUACCCAAUCAUAAAUGUCCAUGCUAUGGGGAGUGCUCUGUGGUCUGAUAACAUUCCAGGCAGUCUAAUGGGUCCCGCCCCAUUGGUAAAAGCCCUGGUUAACGGGCAUGAAUGUACAGUACUGAUAGAUAGUGGAUCCCAGGUGUCUAUUAUCUUUGAAUCCUGGUACCAAUCCCAUCUGACUGAUGUUCCUAUCCAACCCCUCAGUGGACUCACCAUCUGGGGUCUCAGCGAGCAGAAGUAUCCCUAUUUGGGGUAUGUAGUUACCCGAAUAACAUUCGAACCUGGGUUGAUCACUCCGAAUGAGACUGUUCUUUUGGUUGCCCUUGUUUGUCCUGAUUCCCCUGGGGACAAUGGCAAGUUACCAGUGAUAGUAGGUACUAACACCAAUAUGUUUAAAAAUCUCAGUAAUUGGUGUGAUAAGCAGGUUGUGGACAAAGGCCAUGGGAACUCUUCCAACGGUGAUUACAUAUGCCAGAAAAUUGACAGUAUACUAGAAGCAUCGGGGAGUGAGGCAACCACUGGCGAGGGUAUAGAUCAAGGAUCUCCUGCUCUGGACACAUGCUUUCAUGGUAGUGACAUUGACCAUGAUAGUAAAAUAAAGUUGCUUGCCCAGCUACAACUACGAGAAUCGGUAUUCUCUAAAGGAGACUGGGACCUAGGAACAGCCUCGGGGGUGGAACAUAAUAUUAAACUGAUGGAUGAUACCCCUUUUAGAGAAAGGUCGAGACGGCUAGCUCCUGCUGAUUUUGAAGAUGUGAGGAAACAUCUAAAGGGCUUGCUAGAAAAUCAUGUAAUUGCGGAUUCAGAAAGCCCCUAUGCAUCCCCUAGUGUAGUGGCUCGGAAGAAGAAUGGAGAGAUCAGGCUUUGUAUUGACUAUCGGACCUUGAAUAACCGUACAAUACCUGAUCAGUAUACAGUGCCCAAAAUUGAUGAAGCUCUGGAUUGUCUGCAGGGAAGCCAGUGGUUUUCUGUGUUAGACUUAAGAAGCGGAUAUUACCAAAUACCCAUGAGUGCUGAUGAUAGAGCCAAGACCGCUUUCAUCUGUCCGAUUGGAUUUUUUGAAUUCCUCAAGAUGCCCCAAGGUAUAAAAGGAGCUCCAGCUACUUUUCAGAGAAUGAUGGAGAAAACCGUGGGGGACAUGUGUUACCGCGAGGUACUUGUAUAUCUUGACGAUAUAAUUGUAUUUGGAAACACCCUGGAAGAACAUAAUGAGAGGUUAUUAAAGGUAUUAGAUCGUCUUCAAGCCAGAGGGUUGAAAUUGUCGGUGGAGAAAUGUCAGUUGUGUCAAUCCGUUGUGAAGUAUUUGGGACACAUUGUUAGUAGGCAAGGAAUUUCUACAGAUCCAGACAAGGUUACCGCUGUAGUGAACUGGCCUCGACCCAACAGCUUGAAAGAUCUGAGGUCUUUCCUAGGGUUUUGCGGCUAUUACCGAAAAUUUGUUCCACUCUACUCUAAGAUUGUUCAGCCUCUGACAGAACUGACUAAGGGUUAUCCACCCAAUAAUAAGAAGAUAACAUCAAAGCAGAUGGGUGAGCACAGAUAUUUCAGGCCACAUGAACCCUUUGGAGAAAGAUGGAAUAUCCAAUGUGAAGACGCUUUCCAAAAAUUAAAACAGAGUUUAACUGAAGCCCCUGUACUAGCAUAUGCCGACCCAUCGCUCCCAUAUACCGUUCAUAUAGAUGCGUCCUAUGAGGGCCUUGGUGGAAUUCUUUAUCAAGCACCGGAUAAUAGGUUGAAGCCUAUCUCCUAUGUCAGCCGUGGAUUAUCUGGCAGUGAAAAGAACUACCCUGUCCAUAAACUUGAGUUUUUGGCAUUAAAGUGGGCCAUUGUGGACAAAUUUCAUGAUUACUUGUAUGGUGUUCCUUUUACUGUUCAUACGGACAAUAACCCAUUGACUUAUAUUCAGACAACAGCUAAGCUUGAUGCUACUGGUCACCGUUGGCUGGCAGCCCUGUCAAAUUACAACUUUACCAUUAAAUACAAGCCGGGGGUCAGUAACCAGGAUGCCGACGCGUUAUCCCGAAUGCCACACCGGGAAGUGCAUAUCGUCAGUGAGGAAUGGGUUGAAGUUCCUGCAGCUACUGUCAAGGGGUUAUGCAAUCAGAUCAAUAUCAUUCAUGGUUCAUUAACUCCCGCCAUUGUGACUAUGGGAGUGUCAAAUGCUGCACUCCCUAACAUGUACUGCUGGUUGAAUAAAUCUGCCUUUGGAGGUUUAGAGAUAGUGGAUUCCCAACAAAUGAUCCGGGAACAGCAGGCUGAUAAUGAUAUAUUUCCAAUUAUUCGGAUGUUGGGGCAUCCUCAUCUGCCUGUUUCGAAUGAUGAAUUGUCCACUAAGUCUAAGGUCUUAUCCAAGCAAGUAAAGAAAUUGAUCAUACAUAAGGGGAUAUUGUACAGGAGGUCGAUACGAAUGGAUGGCACUUAUAAGAUGCAAUUGGUUCUGCCAGAAAAGUACAAAUUAAUGGUAUUACAAGCCCUACACGAUGGGCAUGGACACUUGGGGUACGAUAAAACCCAGGGAUUGGUCUCUGAAAGAUUCUAUUGGCCUUUCAUGAAUAAAGAAAUAGAUCAAUACUGUAAAACGUGUGGAAAUUGUAUAGUUCGAAAAAAAUUGCCUGAGAAGUCCGCUCCGUUAGUGAACAUUACCAGUACGGGUCCCAUGGAAUUAGUUUGUAUCGACUUUCUGGCCCUUGAGGAUCCUGGAGGAUGACAUAGUAAUAUAUUGGUUGUAACCGACCACUUUACUCGAUACGCACAGGCCUAUGUGACCAGUAAUCAAAGGGCAGUGACCGUAGCAAAGACUCUAUGGAAUAGGUUUUUCAUACAUUAUGGCCUCCCAGCAAGGAUACAUUCUGAUCAGGGACGGGAUUUUGAGGGUCGACUAAUUCGGGAACUGUGCAACUGCUGUGGUAUCAAGAAAUCCAGAACAACACCAUACCAUCCUCAGGGAGACCCUCAGCCUGAACGUUUCAACCGAACACUUUUAAAUAUGUUAGGUACAUUGAGUCUUAAAAGAAAACCUUGUUGGAAACAAUACAUAUCACACUUAGUGCAUGCGUACAAUUGCACGAAGAAUGAAGCUACUGGAUACACACCCUAUUUACUAAUGUUUGGGCGAGAAGCUCGAUUACCCAUAGACGUGAGCUUAGGAACACAGGUUAGCUCGUCAUCUGGGACUUCACAUAGUCAAUAUAUCAAGCAAUUACGACAGCACCUGAACGAGGCAUUUCAACUGGCUCAACGUGAAGCUAAGAAAUUAGGGGAGCGGAACAAAUUGCGGUAUGAUAGUCACGUAAAGGAACAUCGAUUACUUCCUGGGGAUAAGGUACUAGUUAAACUUCUAGGAUUACCCCGUCGUCAGAAAUUAAAUAACCGAUGGAAGUCCAAACCUUACAUUGUCGUAAAACAACUUAAUGACCUUCCAGUAUAUCAGCUGAUACCAGAGAAUGAACAAGGGCCUUUAGUAACUUAUCAUCGGCACCAUCUGUUGCCAAUAGCCCAAGACAUUAGGUGGGAAGAAACAGAAGAAGAAGUGAAGGAAGAUAGCCAAUUGGUAGUGCUACCAAAAGAUGCUCCUUCCCAUCUUGAUGAUGACAGGAGAGGAGUAGAGAUGGAUAUGGAACUCGAUGAGCAAUAUGGUUCAGGGAGUUAUUAUAAAGACUCUAACCUGUUAGGACCUGUCAGCGAAAUGGGUACUCCCGUGAAUCCCCCAGAGCCGUCAUUAAAUAACACUAAUGAUGAGUGGGGGAGGGGAGAUAGUUGCGUAUUUUCUGAGAGAGGAUGGGACCAUUCUUGUGAUCCUCCCUUGGGAGAGAGUGUCAUUGAUGAGUAUAAUGUCGAGGAAGCCGCCCAGGCGGCCCUCCCAAGGCCCCAACGGAUUCGUAGGCCCCCACAAAUAUUCACAUAUGAUACGCUAGGGACCCCUACUGAAGUUCCGUUGGUAUUACACCCCUAUGCACUGAUGCCUUGGCCUUAUUUUAACCAUGACUAAUAAGUUUGACUAAUAUAAAGUUAUAGUUGUAAUAGCUAUGUUCAUGUAAUGGUGAUCUCCACCUUCUAUGAAGUUGGAAUCCCCAGGGGGAGAGUGUAAUCCAUGGUUACUAUUAGGGAGCUAUAUUAGUAUAUGUGUAUGUGUAAUGUUAAUAAAGUUAAUUUGUAUGCUAUAAUACAGUGGAGACUGUCCCCACGGCAGCAUCAGCCGCAUGCCAUAGCCGGGGAGCAGGAGUCACGAGCAGUUAGAGAGGAGGUUAUAAAAGGGGCUGCUGGGGCGGCAGUUGAAAAAGAGCCAGUAGCCUGUGAAACAGUGAGGAGCAGUGAUGGAGGACAGGGGGAUCUCUUACCAGUAAAGGAGGUGACCCCCGUCGAAAUCAGUUCGGUGAAGUGUGGGAAUCGCUGACACCUGGAGCUGCCGCGGUGGUAGACGCAUGGGUGAGGAGAGACUACAGUCCAGGAUGGACAGCGCCUUACCUCUCUCUGCCAGCACUGAUUGCAUAGGAGGCCAGGAGAGUGAAAGUGUGGAGGGCUGGAGCACUGGUCAGGCAAGUCGAUCCUCCAAAUUCAGCGGCUGGUAGAAGUAGAGACAGCCUCCCUGAGGAAUCGACGGGGCUAGGCUACAGCACAGACCCAUAGACCCAAAUUCGGUGUGGUAUGACUGGGUGAGUGACCAUCCCUCCGGAGCAGCCAUUCAGCAUAGAGUUGGGGGAGUGGCCUAGUCACAGAGGGAGCGCAGCAGCUGAGAAGUGGGGUCAAGUAAACUCCCACUAUGCACUAUACAACCCCAGCUGCAUGACAUUUAUCAAUGUAGCUACAGGAGUGGGACAUAUAACCUUAGCUACAGGCAUUGCUUAUAGCAGAAUCAGUUAUAUAGCUGCUGAAUUCAAUUAUACAGUAUUAUGAAAUGAUGCUGAUAUUUAGUGAAAGGAUUGAAUACAUUAAUAGUAACCGUUAUAUUGCAUAUUGGCCGAGAUACCAUACAAGGGACUGCAGAAACCUUUGCUAUACGUGACAUACUGGACAAUUGUAAGACAUAUUAAAGGUUACAGCUUCCCAUAUAGAUACUACUGCAUAUGUUAUUUAUAUCAUCUGUUGGAGGCUGAAUAGUACAGAAAAGGACAUCUGCUGCAGUCACCAGUCUGUGAGAAACAAUUUGGUUACUAGUUAGACAGAAGACUUCGUUACCUAUGAAAAAAACUUCCCUUUGGAUAGCUAGAAAGGAAACAUAAGUAGCAGUCGCAGUCUAGCAGACACUGAAUUCUACAUAGCUGCAAGUCAUAAUUUAUUGGACACAAAAUGCUACAACAGUAAACAAAGGCUUGUAUUAUCUUUUCUGUACCAGAGAAAACUGAUACUGCAAAGACCGUGCCGGAAAUUAUUAAGGGGAAGUAUCUACAGAUUAUUCAGUCCACAGUUAGAGCAACAGAUGGGAAUAUCGGCCCCAUGGACCCCAUUAAUAUUCAGUAGAGACUACCCGAUUUGCUAUUUAUAGCAGGAGUGCAACAUUGUAAUGAAAAGAUAUCCUUCCAGAUACUACUAUAACUCUAACUCAGGAACCCCAGGGCCCCAACGAGUGCACUAACAGGACAAGGGUACCCGGGUUAUUUGUUGCCUAAGAGAAGGCGGAGAGUUUUUUUGUGUUGCAUGCAUUUAUAAUUGUAUAGGCACACUAAGGCAAAUAGUUUAGAAAGGGAAAAAGGAGUAUAUUAAGAAAUAUAUUUAUAUAUUCAUAUAUGGCUAUGUAAUGUUAUUAAAUAUUUAUUACUGUGACAUUAAAACUACUAUACUUACCAUUUUUCCUGGUGUUGCUGGAAGUCGUAUGGAGAGAGCUGGAAAAGAGAACAGAUUAGAAAGAUGGAAAAACAUUAGUUUAUUGAAGUGCAACACAGGAACAGGAGAAGUGUAGAGACACUAAUGGCAUAUAACCAAAUAAUGGUGCAUAGGUGACGUCACAGUGUUCACAACGUUCGUUCCCGGCGCGCCAUCCUGGACUUCGGACGGCGGUGUCUAACAGAUCCUAAGACUCUGCUAUCAACACUGAAGCACAUCUACAGAUUAAAGGACUCUAUGAUCAUAUUUUGAAGUACAAUAAAGAACUUUGCAGUUUUAAAGAA